GGAACAGCGCUGGACGCGGGGCCUUGCUUGGGAUGCCUAGGAUCGGGACGUUGCGGGGCGGAGGGUCCUUAAUCCAGGGAAGGGCUUUAUCAUAGGUGAACUCCGGUAGAAUGAAUAGGAGGUCGACGGUGCCAGAGAAUGAGCUCCCAAGAACAUUUUUUAUUUCAGAAAAACAGGCGUGGGAAAGGAAUCACAAAGGAUGUGCAGCGUUCCACAUAAUUCUUUAUCUUUUAAAGUUUUGUCUGUUACCAAAACGAAGUUACACUGUGAAGUGCUGUUUUUCAUCUGUCAGCAAAGAUUAAAAAAGAAGAAACAAUGCUCUUAGUGUGCUACACAGUGGUUGGAAUCUGGUUAUCAUACUUUGCUGGUGGGAGAAUAAAUUGGUACAACUUAUGUGCAAGGUAGUUUGGCAGUAUCUGUUGAAGUGUCAACUAUGCAUUCAAAUGAAGAUGAUCCAGCAGUUCUAUAUCUAGUAAAUGUUCCUCAUUUAAGUGCCGCAUAUAUGGCAGAUCUCAGCAACUUUCAGUGCAGAACUGUUGGCAACAGCAAACAAUUGAAAGAAACCCAAAUAUCUCUCUGAAAUGGAUGAGUUAAAUGAAAUGUGGUCACCCAUGCAAUGAACUGUGGGAGGGAUAUGAGGUUACCAUGUGUCAAAGCUAAUAAAAGGGGAGAAAUUUCAUUUUACAGCUUUGCCUGCAAAUGUGUAGAUGCUACCUGGAAAGGUGAUGGGGAAGUAGAAUAGUUUCCUCUGGGAGAGGAUCUGGUUAGGGGCAUAAAUGGAAGGGAAGUUUAAGCUUCAUAAUACAGUAUAACUUUCUAUUUCAUAGUAGAACAUAUUUUUCAUUUUUUCUUUUUAUCUAUUUUUAAUUUUAUUUGUUUAUUUUUGGCUGCUCCGAGUCUUAGUUGCGGCAUGCAGGAUCUUUGUUGCGGCAUGCGGGCUCUUUUGUUGUGGCGUGCGAGCGUCUCUCUAGCUGUGGAGCACAGGCUCCAGGGUGCAUGGGUUUUGUAGUUUGCGACACACAGGCUCUCGAGUUGAGGUGCACGGGCUCAGCAGUUGCAGCACGCAAGCUUAGUUGCCCUGCGGCACAUGGGAUCUUAGUUCCCUGACCAGGAAUCGAACCCGCGUCCCCUGCAUUGCAGGACGAAUUCUUUACCGUGGGACCACCAGGGAAGUCCCUCAUUUUUUCUUUCAAGGGUCCAGUAGGGGAUUGAAGAAGCACAUCAGGGGGAGGGGAUAGUGGAGGGGAAGGAAACGUGAGGUGGGGAAGGCAGAUGUUCAUGGCCUGUGGCCUGGAGAGGGCACAGCUCGGCCCCACAGCUUGGUGCAGGACUGGCCGCCCCCGAUCCGGAGCAGCCAGCUGUCCAGUCACUUCUGGUCGGCUUGGAUCGCUUGGCCAAAAUGUGUUUGCAAUAGUUUCUUUAUGGGUGGGGUUUCUGAGGCUCCUGUUCAAAUCAGUGUGCAUUUUCUGAACAUACAGACUCAGAAGGUAACCUUGAAUUUAAAAGACGAUGCAGACCAUCUCGAAUGUACCAAAUUUAGUUGAAAUUACAGCGGUUGACUCUUAAAAUGUCAGUAAAAGAAGGUUGGGCUGGUACCCUCCCCUGAGCCACCACCUAGGCCUGUUGUCUUUUUUUUUAUGCAUCCAUCCCUGUGGGGGGAACGCAGUGUUGUUUCCCAUUGGGAGAGAGGAAGAGCCCUUGAGAACCUGGUCUGUGCUGGUAUUUUGUGUUUGUCCUUUAGGAAUUUUAUUUUAUUUUAUUUUAUUUUUUAAUAUGUAUUUGGUUGUGCUAUGUCUUGGUUGCAACAUGCGGGAUCUUCGUUGCUGCAUGUGGGAUCUAGUUCCCUGACCAGGGAUUGAACCCGGGCCCCUGUAUUGGGAGCGCGGAGUCUUAGCCCCUGGACCAGCAGGGAAGUGGGAGUUUUAGAACACCCCAAGGGGCCCCUUUUCUCAGGGGCCUGACACAGGUUCACCACACUGAGUCCACCGGGGGGCUGGGUUCCCACCUGGGUCGUUCUGGCUCUAGAACCCUUCCGUUCCGCAGUGACGCAGGAGCAGAUAACAUGGAAAGGAGAAUCUUGGCAAUGAAGGGACACAGGUCAGGAGGACGAAGACACCAGCUGACAGCCGCGGUGCUGAGGUCGGAGCGGUGGUCAGGAUGGCGGAGGAGCAGGAGUUUGCCCAGCUCUGCAAGUUGCCCACGCAGCCCUCCCACCCGCACGGCGUCAGCAACACCUACCGGAGCGCGCAGCACUCUCAGGCGCUGCUCCGGGGGCUGCUGGCUCUGCGGGACAGCGGCAUCCUCUUCGACGUGGUCCUUGUGGUGGAGGGGAGGCACAUCGAGGCCCAUCGCAUCCUGCUGGCUGCGUCCUGCGAUUACUUCAGGGGCAUGUUUGCCGGGGGGCUGAAGGAGAUGGAGCAGGAAGAGGUCCUGAUCCACGGCGUGUCCUACAACGCCAUGUGCCAGAUCCUGCACUUCAUAUACACGUCCGAGCUGGAGCUCAGCCUGAGCAACGUCCAGGAGACGCUGGUCGCUGCCUGCCAGUUGCAGAUCCCGGAGAUCAUCCACUUCUGCUGUGACUUCCUCACGCCCUGGGUGGACGAGGACAACAUCCUCGACGUCUACCGGCUGGCUGAGCUCUUCGACCUGAGCCGCCUGACCGAGCAGCUGGACGCCUACAUCCUCAAGAACUUCGUGGCCUUCUCGCGGACUGACAAGUACCGCCAGCUGCCCCUGGAGAAGGUCUAUGCGCUCCUGAGCAGCAACCGCCUGGAGGUGUCCUGCGAGACGGAGGUGUACGAGGGCGCGCUGCUCUACCACUACCCGCCCGAGCAGGUGCAGGCCGAGCGGCUCCCGCUGCGCGAGCCGCCCAAGCUGCUGGAGACCGUGCGCUUCCCCCUCAUGGAAGCCGAGGUCCUGCAGCGGCUGCACGACAAGCUGGACCCCAGCCCGCUGAGGGACACGGUGGCCGAAGCCCUCAUGUACCACCGGAACGAGAGCCUGCAGCCCAGCCUGCAGGGCCCGCAGACCGAGCUGCGCUCAGACUUCCAGUGUGUCGUGGGCUUCGGGGGCAUCCACUCCACGCCGUCCACCGUGCUCAGCGACCAGGCCAAGUACCUGAACCCGCUGCUGGGGGAGUGGAAGCACUUCACCGCCUCCCUGGCGCCCCGCAUGUCUAACCAGGGCAUCGCCGUGCUCAACAACUUCGUGUACCUCGUCGGUGGGGACAACAACGUGCAGGGCUUCCGCGCCGAGUCCCGCUGCUGGAGGUACGACCCGAGGCACAACCGCUGGUUCCAGAUCCAGUCGCUGCAGCAGGAGCACGCCGACCUGUGCGUGUGUGUUGUGGGCAAGUACAUCUACGCCGUGGCCGGCCGCGACUACCACCACGACCUGAGUGCCGUGGAGCGCUACGACCCCGCCACCAACUCCUGGGCCUAUGUGGCCCCACUCAAGAGGGAGGUGUACGCCCACGCGGGCGCCACGCUGGGCGGGAGGAUGUACAUCACGUGCGGCCGCCGAGGGGAGGACUACCUGAAGGAGACGCACUGCUACGACCCGGCCAGCGACACCUGGCGCGCGCUGGCCGACGGGCCGGUGCGGCGGGCCUGGCACGGCGUGGCCGCCCUCCUGGACAAGCUGUACGUGAUCGGGGGCAGCAACAGCGACGCGGGCUACAGGAGGGACGUGCACCAGGUGGCCUGCUACAGCUGUGCGUCCGGGCAGUGGUCGUCCGUCUGCCCGCUCCCGGCGGGGCACGGUGAGCCCGGCAUUGCCGUGCUGGACAACAGGAUCUACGUGCUGGGCGGCCGCUCGCACAACCGGGGCAGCCGCACGGGCUACGUGCACAUCUACGACGUGGAGAAGGACUGCUGGGAGGAAGGUCCGCAGCUGGACAGUUCCAUCUCGGGCCUGGCGGCCUGCGUGCUCACCCUGCCGCGCGCCCUGCUCCUCGAGCCUCCCCGCGGCACCCCUGACCGCAGCCAGGCGGACCCGGACUUCGCCUCCGAGGUGAUGAGUGUGUCCGACUGGGAGGAGUUCGACAACUCCAGCGAGGACUAGGGUCCCGGGCUGUGUCGGGGUGGGGAGUGGUGGCAGCUCCCAGGCCCCCCAACCCCCCAGCAUUUGGCCCUGGAGCACUUGACCCCAGGGCGGCGGCGGCCCUCCCUCCCGCCACCUC